AUGGGUAAAUCGCUUUUAUUACCAGAGACAUUUACCACGUUAGACUCAAAGGCCAUAUACCUCUUUCUUCCAAGCACUCCGCUGAGUGUCUUCAUGUAUUAUGACUUUCCAGAUAGCACUCUCAGGGAGAAACAAAAACCCAAACACAAUCCCGACUCUCCCAGCCCAACGCUUAGGCCCCAACCCAGCGGGCCCCGCAGAGGGCGGAGCGGGGCCAUGGCUGAGGAAGCCAAAGUGAGUGGCGAAUCCCAAGACACUGAAGUUAAGAUCCAGCAGCCCGCUGAAAAAAUCUUCGGGGGACCGCCGAGGCGGAGCCCCCGCUCCGUGCUCAAAGUGUCCCAGCUGUUGCUCAGAGCUAUCGCCUUGCACAAAGGGCUGACUCUGGCCACCCUCAAGAAGGAGCUGGGAAAUGCUGGCUACCAAGUGCGCAGGAAGUGUGUCCGCCACUCUGGUGAAGCGCCUAAGUCUGAUAUUAAGGGCACACUCCUCCGGGUCAGCGGAAGCAACGCCGCCGGCUAUUUCAGGGUCUGGAAGAUUCCGAAGCCGAAGAGAAAGCCAGGACGCCCAAGGUUGGAGGAGUGCGCCCGUUCCUCGAGGGGGACCUCUGCAGGGCCACGGGGCUCACGGAAGCCCCGCGUGCGUCGGAGGGUGGCCAAGAAGGCCAAGGAAGUAUGGAGACGGAGCACGAGGGGCAAUGGCACCGUGAGGAGAAGGCCCAGAGCCAAGGACCCGGUGCGUUCCAGAGCCAAGGAGGAAAAGAGGGCCAAGGGAAUGGACGUAGGGAGAGGACGUACCUUGAAGGAAAACAGGCCUAGGACCCGAGAGGAGAAGAGGUCAAGGGAAGAAAAGAAGCAUGACCCUGAGAAGCCGGUGAAACGGAGCAUCCAGAGGUCAAUCUCAGUUAAAAUUGACCCAAGGCCUGCUCGCACAAAGACUUCCACUAAAUCUGAAAGUCCUCGGAGUGCAGCAGCCGGGAAUCUGUAG